GAAAGCGAAAGUGUUUGCGUCAGGUGCGCGCUCUAACUUUCUAAAGGAUACGCGCGUGGCCGAUGAUGAUUUCUGCUGAAAGAGGAACAGCAUCUGCGUAAAAACUGAUCUGAGUUCAGCUCACUUCACACCGAACAGCAGGCUUUUUAAGAGCUGUGGAUCCCCAUCCCGAAACUCACGGAGACAAAAACAUACCAAAUGGUUUUUCUUUGGGACGCCAAAUACGAACCUGCGCCCGGGCGACGCUUCACGCCUCCCUCCACCACCCUGAGCUCGGGGAAGAUGAGCGAGGGUUUGCCGCUGGGCGCUCAGGAGAGCAGCGGCGCCGCCCUGAUGGGUAAACUGCGCAUGGCGGACCGCAGCAUGGUGGAGGUGCUGUCAGAAAACCCGGGGGAACUGGUGCGCACCGACAGCCCAAACUUCCUCUGCUCCGUCCUGCCGACACACUGGCGCUGCAACAAGACCCUGCCCAUCGCCUUCAAGGUGGUUACCCUUGGCGAUAUCCCAGACGGAACGCUGGUCACAGUAAUGGCGGGAAAUGAUGAGAAUUACUCCGCUGAGCUCCGCAACGCUACAGCCGCCAUCAAGAACCAAGUGGCUCGAUUCAACGACCUGCGUUUCGUGGGCCGCAGUGGACGAGGGAAGAGCUUCACUCUCACCAUCACCGUCUUCACAAACCCUCCUCAAGUGGCCACAUAUCAGAGAGCCAUUAAGAUCACAGUGGACGGACCCCGAGAGCCCCGACGCCACCGACAGAAGCCGGAUGAUGCAGUAAAGCCAGGCGCGUUAGCUUUCUCUGAGCAGUUGAGGCGAAGUGCCAUGCGGUGCAGCCCACACCACGGCCCCGCCCCCAACACACGCCCCGCCCUCAACACGCCCCCCUUCGGCAGCCCCGCCCACAGCCAGAUUCCCGACUCUCGGCAGAUGCAGACGUCUCCAUCCUGGUCGUAUGAGCAGUCGUACCCGUAUCUGGGGCCGAUCUCCACCCAAGCGGUUCAUCCUACAACACCAAUCUCACCCAACCGAACCGCUUUACACUGUCCAGAGCUGACGGCGUUCACAGAUCCGCGUGUGGGUUUGGAGCGCACCUUCCCGUCACUCCCAUCUCUCCCGGACGGGCGUUUCUCUGAUCCACGGGUGCCUUACCCCACCGGCGCCUUCACCUACACCCCCACGCCCGUGACCAGCGCCAUUGGCAUUGGCAUGUCAGCUAUGAGCAGCCCUGCAGGACGCUACCACACAUACCUACCACCAGCGUACCCCGCGGGCUCCUCACAGGGCCAGGCUGGAGCCUUCCAGGCGGGCUCAUCCCCGUAUCACCUGUACUACAGCAGCGCUGCCGGAUCAUACCAGUUCUCCAUGAUGCCCAGCGGAGGAGCGGCCGCAGGAGAGCGUUCGCCACCCCGAAUCCUACCCUGCACCAACGCCUCCACAGGCUCCACCCUCCUGCACCCAUCGCUCCCCAAUCAGAGCGAGGGAGUAGUGGAGGCGGAGGGAAGCCACAGCAGUUCGCCAACCAACAUGUCUGUAGAGGCCGUCUGGAGGCCAUACUGACAGCCAAUAGGACGCUGGCAGCUCAUUUAAAGGGACAGUUCACCCAAAAAUGUACAA